GUGUUUCAGUGGAGUAGCUGGGGCCACAAAGGGAUGACAGCUUUUCAAAGGGGGCACACAGGAAAUGGUUUUGGAGUGGUGCAUAUCCAGACGUUUAAUGUUGAGGCACCAUGCCAGACUGUGGAAGAUUUAACGAAUGGGGUUGUGAUGGCCCAGGUUCUUCAAAAAAUAGAUCCAGCGUACUUUGAUGAAAACUGGCUGAACAGGAUCAAAACAGAAGUAGGAGAUAAUUGGAGGCUAAAGGUGAGCAACCUGAAGAAAAUUUUAAAAGGAAUAUUGGAUUACAACCAUGAGAUUCUGGGGCAACAGAUUAAUGACUUCACCCUUCCUGAUGUCAACCUGAUUGGAGAGCAUGCUGAUGCUGCGGAGCUUGGGAGAAUGCUUCAGCUUAUUUUGGGAUGUGCUGUGAAUUGUGAACAGAAGCAAGAGUACAUCCAGACCAUAAUGAUGAUGGAAGAAUCAGUUCAACAUGUUGUCAUGACAGCCAUUCAGGAGCUGAAGAAAACUACAGAAGAAUUAAAUGAAGCACUAGCAACAAAAGAAGAAAUUGCCCAGAGAUGUCAUGAGUUAGAUAUGCAGGUUGCAGCCCUCCAGGAGGAGAAGAGCAGCUUGCUUGCCGAGAACCAGAUUUUGAUGGAACGUUUAAAUCAAUCUGAUUCUAUUGAAGAUCCCAACAGCCCUGCAGGUCGUAGGCACUUGCAGCUGCAGACACAACUAGAACAACUCCAAGAGGAAACAUUCAGAUUAGAAGCUGCCAAAGAUGACUAUCGAAUACGCUGUGAAGAACUAGAAAGGGAAAUUGCUGAAUUGAGACAACAAACAGAAGAGCUUACUACGUUGGCAGAGGAGGCUCAGUCUUUGAAGGAUGAGAUAGAUGUACUCAGGCAUUCUUCUGAUAAAGUAGCCAAAUUAGAAAGCCAAGUAGAGUCAUACAAAAAGAAAUUGGAAGACCUGGGUGAUUUGCGACGGCAAGUGAAACUCUUAGAAGAGAAGAAUACAAUGUACAUGCAAAAUACCGUGAGCCUGGAAGAAGAACUGAGGAAGGCCAACGCAGCACGCAGUCAGCUGGAAACAUACAAGAGACAGGCAGUUGAACUACAAAACAGGUUAUCUGAAGAAUCCAAGAAAGCUGAUAAAUUAGAUUAUGAAUGCAAACGACUGAAAGAAAAAGUAGACAGCCUCCAAAAAGAAAAAGAUAGAUUAAGAACAGAAAGGGAUUCUUUGAAAGAAACUAUAGAAGAGCUUAGAUGUGUACAAGCUCAGGAGGGUCAACUCACCACUACAGGAUUGAUGUCUCUGGGAGCACAAGAGCCUUCAGACAGUUUAGCAGCAGAAAUCGUUACUCCUGAAAUAAAGGAGAAACUCAUUCGCCUUCAGCAUGAGAACAAGAUGUUGAAAUUGAACCAAGAAGGUUCUGACAAUGAAAAGAUUGCCUUGUUGCAGAGCCUUCUUGAUGAUGCAAACUUACGGAAGAAUGAAUUGGAGACAGAAAACAGAUUGGUAAAUCAGAGACUUCUAGAAGUGCAGUCCCAGGUUGAAGAACUACAAAAAUCUUUGCAGGAUCAAGGUUCAAAAGCUGAAGAUUCAGUUUUUCUGAAAAAGAAACUUGAAGAACAUCUUGAGAAGCUCCAUGAAGCUAACAAUGAGCUACAGAAGAAACGAGCUAUUAUUGAAGAUUUGGAACCAAGAUGCAAUAACAGUUCACUCAAAAUUGAAGAAUUACAAGAAGCUUUACGGAAAAAGGAGGAGGAAAUGAAGCAAAUGGAAGAGAGAUACAAAAAGUAUUUGGAAAAGGCCAAAAGUGUCAUCCGCACCUUAGAUCCUAAGCAGAACCAGGGUGCAGCUCCUGAGAUUCAGGCUCUGAAAAAUCAGUUGCAGGAGCGGGACAGAAUGUUUCAUUCAUUGGAGAAAGAAUAUGAAAAAACAAAAAGUCAAAGAGAAAUGGAGGAGAAAUUUAUUGUUAGUGCCUGGUACAAUAUGGGAAUGACUCUGCAUAAAAAAGCAGCAGAAGAUAGACUGGCUAGUAGGCUCAGGACUACAGGCUCAGGACAGUCCUUCCUGGCUAGACAAAGGCAAGCCACAAGCACAAGGAGAUCUUACCCUGGUCAUGUCCAGCCGGCAACAGCAAGGUAGAGAAGCCUUGCCCUUAGAAAGAAAACUGCCCUGUGAUCCAGGCCACUUCUGUUGCAAGUGACAACAUUCAAGGAAAAUCAACCAGCAUCUUUUCUCUUUCUCCCUUGUUACUGAUAUUAUUUUACAGUUCAGGAAAGGGUUUUAUCAUGGUUUCUCACUGUUCUGUAAUGCCCUUUGCUUAU